AUGUACGCCGGCAAUUCGAGGCUGAUUAGGGCCAACGAGGAUGAGGACCUGGCUGGCACUCUGUUUAUUGGCAAGAAGGAUUUAUUAGAGGUAGGGGGGUACGAUGAGCGACUCCAGGAUUACGGCGGGGAGCAGAAAGACUUGUUGGAGAGGCUUGACAAGAAUCGCAUGAGGAGGUUGAAUAUCGAUUACAGCACUUUGCUGCACAAUCACUAUGAUGGUGAGGCGGAGCGGGGCUUGACAUCGAGGCAGGUUGAAAAUUUGGUCGAGGAGGCGGUAAACCUGGAGCUAAGGGAGAAAGUCCCAAUGUGGAAUAGCUUAGAGGCCUGGAGGUCGUUCUCGUUCAUCCCAGAGUCGAUGUUGGAACCCAAUGCGUCUGUGCCGUCCCGCAUUCAUGCCAACGUGCAGUAUAGAGAUAUUGUCGGUAGGUCGCAAGUCCCAUCGAUUCGCGACGUGCUGAUGGACAGUGCCGUGGAUACUACCAAAGGCAAGGUACUGUCAAGAAUGCUGCACGAGUGGUUCGAUAUGCCGUCCGACUUUACUGACCUGUUGGACGGCUCGGACAAGGAUCGAAUUCUCUACGCGCUUUUAGAAAAGAGGCAGACGGCCAGCAGAUUUACUACGCCGAGAGUUUUGGUCAUGCAUUGUGUUGGGGGUUUAAUUCCGAGGUUGUUCGCCUUGGCGUCGGGUCUGGCCAUCGCUAACCAUACAGACAGGUUACCGAUCGUUGUUUGGGAAAAAGAGGCGCCGCUGGUCACGGCUCUGUUUCAAGAGCUGUUUGAGGUACAGGAGCAUUUCAUGGUCGCAGGCAUUUACACCAAGCAGUUCUUUGAAAAGUACACGGAAGAUCAAAAAUCGGGGGAAGAGAUGAGGUCGAUGCAAGUGUAUGAUUUGGCUGGACAGCAGGAAGCGAGUUCAAAACUCAUCCACACCAGCAGCGGCACACACAUUUUUAUCAGGGCUUCAAAGGCGGUAGGGGCCGAUGUCGUACGUUACACCUCGCCCAUGUCCAUCAGGGAACAGUUUCAGAUGCUGGCUUUGGAAGAAUCUGUGCAAUCGCGCCUGCGAGACUUGGCCGAUAAGGGCAUUUCAGAACGUCUGGGUAUCUAUGUUGGUGAGUCGGAACCAUACGAGAAUUCGGACAUCACGGAUUUGGGCACUAUCAUGAAGGAGAAGGUGGAAGCUGUGAGGCCGGGGGCUCUUCCCCCGGCUUACAUCGUUUCAGACCUACCAACGUUUGAAAGGAUAAGACCCGUGUUUGGAAGUAUCAUACACAAUCUGCCGUUGUCAAUGGAUUGCACAGCAGAGGAUAUUGACUGCUCCAGGACUGAGCUGGUAAGGCUCUUCGCCUUGACAAAAACGAGAGAGUUUAUUAGCAUACAAGAGGCACAAGAGGACGACCUGAGCGAAUUGGUGAUGCUCCUUCGAGGCCAUUCGACUGAUUGGUGA